AUGAAGGUAGUUCAAUACUCUCCAAUUGCAGACAGUCCAAUAGUGGAUCGGCAAGGAACUCAGGUGCGGGAAGAACGAGUUCGAAAAGCUAUUGGAAGCAAAAACCACCAAGUUGAUAAGGUGGUAGAUCCAAUAAAGAAAAGAGAAAGUGAAAGUGGAGGUAUUGGGAUGCCAAAAAAGGAAAAAGAAGGAGAAGAAGAAGGCGAAAACACAGCAGACAGACAGCAGAAGUCGAUGAUAACAACAAAGAAAACGUUGAAAAUUAAAAGAAGACAGCAGACAGACAGCAGAAAACGGGGAAAACAACAAAAAACCGUUAAAAAUAGGAAAUAUUUAGAAAUACACAGUAGACAGACAGCAGAAGUCGAUUAUAACCACAAAGAAAACGAUGAAAACAACAAACAUUUAAAAGAAGGGAGCAGACAGACAGCAGAAGUCGAUGAAAAAUCUUGUAUACAUACAGAUGUUAAUUCGUUUGCCAUACCAUCAACCAGUAAAGAAAUGACGCUCAUUAAUAUUAUCAGCAAUAUGAUUAUUUGUAGCCCGGAUUUCAAAUCCAGCAUCAGCCAAAUUGAUAAAUUAAUACCAUCUCCUUUUAAAAGGGCUUUAAUUUGGCCAGAACCAAAACCUAUUAAAAAGAAAAGACAAGUGAAGGAAAAAAAUCUCUCAGUGAUAACAUCAAGACAAUGGCAAAUUUACUAUAAAAACAAGGAGAGAAAAAAAGAAAGAGGAAGAUAA